AUGGUUAUAACUACGAUUAGUAUGGAAAGUGAUGUACGACGUCAGUACAAUAGACGUGUACUUUUCUGUAUGCGAGUAAGAGCGGCUACAUUACUUAUUGCCUUAUGGGAUUUAUUUAUUCACACUACAGUACUAUGUGUAUUGAUUCUCAUGUUUCGACAAUCACCAAAAAUGAUGAACAAUAUGAUGUUGACAAAUGAACAAUAUUUCCAUCAUCAACAAAAUCCAUUAAUCGAUCCGUUGCCGAAACAGCCACCGAGUAUAAUGAUGCAAAAUAAAAAUUUUCUUUCAAGUAAUAUUUUAUUAAAUCGCAUUCUUGAGAAACGUAAUGUUUCUCAUAUGCCUGUGGGAAUAAAUGCUCGAAAUUUUUAUUCAAAUUUGGAUAUAAUGACAAUUAAAUGGGCAGCAUCACUGAAUCGACAAGAUAAAUGUCUCGUGUUUUUCAUCGUUUUUUCAGCAACAAUUCUUAUACUAGCUCAUAUUUGUGGUAUUUUAACUUAUAAACCAUCAUAUAUGGUUCCUUAUUUUUUGAUUAAAGUAUUUAAUGUCAUCGUGUCAAUUUUAUCACUGCUUGGUUUUUAUGCAUAUAUGUCCGAUAUCAAAGGAUGGCUUCGAAUGCAACUAGAAUUUCCAUUAAAACAAUAUCUACUCGAACUCGAUGCUCAAACACUUCAACUGGUCAUAUUUGCCUUUCUUCUGUUUGUAAUUCUGGCUAAACUUUAUAUUGCUGCUAUCAUAUGGUAUUGUUAUGGUUAUAUAACAGCAUUGACAGUGGCUCGAAACAUUGGAACAAUUUCAGGUCGUAGUGAUGAUUCAAGCGUAAUUAUUGGAGAGAUGUAUUCACCACCCAAAUAUGAAGAAGCGAUCAAAUCAACGUAUCAUCAAGAUGACACUUAUGCACCUCCUCCUUAUAGCCCAUUAAUGAAUUCGUCUUUGUAA